AUGAGACGAGAUCUUGCUUUAUCCGUUCUUGUUCUUCUAUUAAUAACGAUAUGUCUAGCCCAGCGUGGUGGCGGUGGUGGAUACGGCGGAAUCAACCCUGAAGUUAUUAUGAUGGAUGUAAUGGAUGGAGCUAUUAACGGUGCGGUUCAAGGUGCGAUUCGGGGUGCGGAGCAAGCAGUGUCGAGUCGACAGCAGCGAGACGACAGCAGCGACUUUUCUGAUUACAAAUACCGUGGCAUUCGUUACGGCCAAUUCGAUAACCACCGACAAGAAUCAUUCCCGUUCACUCAGACAAAGAUCCAGAAGAAAGAAGAAGGAGCGCACAUUGUCAGAAAGCUGAGGAUAGCUGAAGCAAUCACCAGAUCCCGUUGA